GUAAAAAAACCAGUUGGUUAGAGAUAAACCCUUGUGUAUCCAACAAGGUGUAUUGUAAAAUUGUGUAAAUGGCAGUUUUUACCCCAGCUGAGUGGUACAGGAUAUUUUUUACUCCUUCCCCUGAUGCAUGCCCUGCUCCCCAAGUAGAAGUUUUAGAAAUGAUGUAAGUGUAAGUUAUAUUCUUGUUAUUAGAGACUAAACCAUAUAUUAUAUAUAAAUAUUUUAUAUCAAAUUACCCAGUAGUCUAACACAUUAUGGUAGAUUUUUUUUUGAACUGCAAAUCUGUUCACCAGUGCACAGGUCCUCUAAAAAAAUACCCUGCUGCUUUCUAAACAUUUAUGGCCUAUUUUAAUAAUUUUUUUUUAAAAAUUAAUUCAAUACUUUUGUUUUAAAAAGAGUAGGAUUAGCGAUUUUAUUUGAGGUUAUUGUAAAUUACGAAAUAAUGUUUAAUUUGAUAAUGCUAGAUUAUAAAAUGAUUACAAAAAAUACUAUAAAAAUAAUUGGUUUAGAUUUCUGAUAUGGGAGGCUAUAUAACAAAAUUUCAUAAUCAUAUCUUUAUAAAAGAGUUUUUUUUAAAGUUCAAAACCACUAUUAUGACUAUUCUCUAAAUUCUCUUUUUGCAAAUACAUUGCUUAUAUUCUUUUAACAUCUCUUUGUUAAAAUAUUUUGGCUUUUAAUUCUGGUAUUCUGAAUUGAUAAAGACUAAAAUAUAUGUUUAUGGUCUCAUGCUAGCAGAAUAUGUAAUGUAUAAAUUAUGUCAAAAGAGCCCAAUUAAUAAAUUUUAGCAGAGAACCUUGGAUCUAAAAUGAAGUUAGUACCAGUUAUUAUAAUUGAAUAUUUUAUUUCAGUUAAAUGAGUGAUAUCAAUAUAAGUUGAAUUUCUGAAAUUUAUUUUUCCGGUGGUUCUGCUUUUCUACUUUUUUUAAAAAAUAAAAUUUAGUGAUGCAAUAACUAUUUUCUUGUUGCUUCUUGUAUAGUAUAUCAGGUUACCAAAUAGACAUUUCUUUGAUUUUUGUAUGUUGAAUUGAUAUAAUAUUAGCAUUAAUGAACAUUAAAAACCAUUCUUCUAAAAAUAUUAUACAAGCAUUUAACUGAUUAUAAAAAGUUUCUCUAGGAAGAGCUUGUCUUCAUCAAGUAUGUCCACAAGGCCAGAGGAUUUGCGUAGCCGCUUUAAGUGGAGUGUUGAUAGUGAUAGAGAAGAUUCAGAAGAAAAAAUGCCAACAAGAGAAAAAGGUUAUGACCAGUUCAUCAAAUUGAGUGUCAGCGCUGUGUCAGGUCUUAUCUUUGGAAUGGCUUUAGAAAAAGGGAGAGGUAAUUUUUUUAUAAAUUUAAGGAAUCAGUUGCCUAUUUUUGAUGAUCACUAAAUAAACAAUAUAAUCAGUUGUAGUCUUUGACAGUAAUAAAAAAAAAAAAAAUUUCAACUGUUAUAUCAUUUGACCAGCUGAUAUUUGCAGUGUGACUCUUUUGUGUGUGUGAAACUACUUUUUAAAAAAAACAUUAUUGUAGUAGAUAUAGUAUUAGCAAACAGAAGUCUACUGUAUGUUUUUGCUGAUAAAUUUUUAAAAAGUGAAAAGUAUCUUCUUAACUACUGGUACUAAUGACUGUGUCUUUUUGAAAUGAACUUUAUUAUUUUAUUAUUAGAUUUUUCAGAUUUCUAGUCAACAAUAUUCUAUUUGGAUCAAUCAAAAACAAGACAUUUUAAAACAUUUUGGCUGUUAUUUAACAUUUUAUGGAUAACUAUUGAUUUUUUAUUCUUAAUUUCUUACAAUUCGCAGGCUUUGAAAUUCUUUCUGCUUGAACUAGUAGUGAAAAUUAUUCUCAAGUUUCUUUCUCAAAUUGUUUAUAGCUUCAGUGUAUUUAGCGUGUACUUAUUUCUUCAAUCUGUACAAAACUAAAUAUGUAAAAAAAUUAACAUAGGCUACUUUGUGAAAAAGACAAGUUUGUAAUGCAAUGAAAAACUUUCAAAUGCUAAUUUUAUUCACCGUCUUUAUUCACCGUCAGGUGAUUUGGUGAGCAUUUAUCCAUCAACAUUUUUGUCAUUUACAAAAAAAAACAUGCACAAUAAAAAUUUCAUUAAAAAUAUAUUUUUAUUUUCUUAUUUCCAAGUGUUUGAACCCCAUAUUAUUCGACAGCAAAUGCUAUUCUCAAAUUUUACUAUGUUGAAGAUGUUUCUGUCUGCAUCAGCUACAGGUGAGAUUUUAGUUUUAAUCAUUAAAAAUAUUCAUUUUUAACAGAGCUCAGCAACCUUUUUUCAUGCAUCGUAUACCCCAGGCCUUUCCAAGCAUUCCGCUGCACACCACAAUUAAAAAACAUGCAAAACUAUACUAAAUAAGAUAAUGUUGUUAGCAUUCAUAAUGGUGUGUAAUGUAAUGUAUAUCUCUAUAUUAACUGUUUGUUUUGGAAACAUUUAUGUUUAUGCCGAGUUUGACAGCUUGGUAAUAAUAGGCUAACAAUGCAUAUUUUGUAUUAAAGGGUUUUAGUAUAUUUAAGUGGCUACAUAUAGCCUACUCUGGGCUUUUCAUCCUAUUUAAGGCACUUUGCACUGCACACCUUUCAUCUUCUUGUGGCACACCAGUGUGCUGCAGCACAUCGGUUGCGGGGCUCUGGUAUUAACACCCAUUUAUAAACAAACUAUACCUUAAACUUUAUCUAUAAAUGCAACUUAAGGGUGCUGGGUGGCCAAGUGGACUAAACUGAGCAAAUCUAAAGUUGGUGGUCUGGAGUUCAAUUCCAGCCAGAGCCCAAUCAAGCACCCCGGGUGGAUUGGACUCGUUAGCCUUGGAUGAAAACUCAUCUAAGAGAAGUAAACUCUGAAAUCAAACCCAGAGAUGGAGUCCCGAAAGGCGGAUAACAUUUGUACAAGAAACAUUCCCACAACUCCUGCCAGGUCACUGGUGCCAAGCUGUAUCAUCCAAUGAUGUACCCUUGGGUUAUCCAGUGGCGUGGAGAGAGGCGAUUUGCUGUUGGGAACCAGCUUAUAAUCCCUGAAGAAUAAUCCCAGGCCAUGUGGAUUUCGUCCUCCGAAGCCCACUCCAUCAUCACAUUGUGACGGAGGGAUGCCAGCAAAAAAAAAAAUGCAACUUUAAAUAAAUAAUAUUAGUAUGUCUUUCAUCGUCAUAUUCAUCUUAUAAUGAGAAUUUUUUCCCAAGAUGAAAGGUGUGCUGAAUAUGCUCAUCAUUAUAUUUCAUAAGAUCACUAAAAUCACUAAAAUCCUGGACCAAAAUUUAGGAAUUUCAAUCUUGACAAAUGAAAGAAAAUGUUACAUUGUUUUCACAGGAAUGCUGGCCUUCUCCAUUCUUACCAUGAUUCCAAGAACAUCUAGAAGGAUGGAAAAAGCUUUGUUUGCAUAUUUUCCUGGACUUAAAUAUAAAGGUGUUCUAGCAGCAGCAGUAGGUGGGGCCUUUCUUGGCAUGGGAAUGACUUUGGCUGGAGCGGUUUGUAUUUUUUAUUAUAAAAAUUUUUAAAAAACAAUGUCAGAGUAUUGUGGUAAUAGCUCUUUGUAAGUACAAUUUUAAUGAUAAGAUUAUAUUACUAAGUUUCCCUGCUACAUAUCAAAGCAUUGGGCAUUUAUCUGUGUAUGCAAACUGACACUACUUACUUUCUUUGGAUUAUGUUUUUAUUGACUUCACGCAUUGUUCGACUAUUGCUUAUUUUAUGUGCAUUUCAUUUCAGUGUCCUGGUAUGGUUCUGGCCCAAGUUGGAGCAGGAGUACCUAACUCUGGUAUAUUAAUUUGUCAUUUUGUUGCUGAAAGUCUGACAUGGGAAAAUUAUUGCUGGAAAAAAUGUAUUGUAAUUUAAAUAUAAUUUUCAUCAACAUAAAAGCAACAAAAAAAAGUUUUUUUCACCUUUCAUUUCAAAAGUGUUUACCUGAAAAUAAGUUGAUAUAUUUUCCUUCCUAUUACUGAUUUUUGUUUGGGGAAAUCAUUUCAGUUUUGACAUUGGCAGGAGGCAUCUGUGGAGCAUUUUUAUAUGCACUGACUGAACCUUUAACAUCUAUUUGGUUUAAGCCGGUCAGAUCUUACAGAUAUAACACGUAAAUAUUAUUUCUUAUGUAUUGUACUUUGCAAAUUUUGUUCCAGAUGCCGUAAAUUUUCUGGAUACAGCUAUUUUUGCAUGAUCCGCUAUGUUUUUUAAUCAAUAAAUUUGACCCUACUAUUGCUACAUUUUAGUAUAGUUCAUCACUUUAAAAACAUUUUAGUGCAUUUCUUGAGAGACAGCCUGUGGCCAACCCCUGUUUCAAUUCAAUUCAUUUUUUCCCCUUAACUUUUACUUUUUAAAAAUUUUUGUAACCAUGCUUGUGUAUUAUAACAUACCCGGUAAUAAAUGUAAUCAUUGAGUUAAUUAUCUUUCUCUUUUCACAGGCUUGAUGAAUAUCUGGAGACACCUUAUUUUAUUUUGGCCUUACCUUUCGCAGCACUUCUUGGACUUGUAGUAUUUGCAGCAGAAGUUUUUAGACCCUGGGAAACAGAGGUAAAAAUAAUGGGACUUUGUCUUGAAGAUUAAAAAAAUGAGUUUAAGCAGUAACUGGCAUGAAACACAUGACAGUUCAAUAUUUAUCUUUUAAAAAAAAAAGGAGAGAAUCUUACCCCAAAAAGUUAUUAAUUUUGGACCUAAUGUACCCAAAUAUCAAUAAACUAUUAACUUAACCAAUGAACCCUCCCAGUAUUUUGUGUAUUCCAGGUCAUCCAAAGUGGCUCAGGAGUUUUCGGAGUGAGGGCUUGGCCUCCAUAUAUAACUGGCAUGAUUAUUGGACUAUUACAAAUUCCUGUUGUGCUAGUGAUACAGGACACAUUAGGUAAUAUACAAAUCUAUUGAAAUUAUAAUAUCUUCAUUAUUAUUACACUUACACUGCUGUAAAAAUUUAUUCACAAAUCCCAUGAGAAACAUUUUCAGAAGUUGCCUUUAUAAACUAUCAGUAGUUAUUUAUAAUUUGACUGUGUGGCUUGAUUACUUUAAUUUUAUUAGAACAUUCAUCGAUUACUAAAUUUGACUCACUUAUCAUUCAUCAUCUAUGAAGAAGAAUUGCAAUAUUAUGUAGAAAAUGUAACCAGUUUAGCACAUACACACACCAGUAGUUACACAACUUUAUUCAUAAUUUAAGGUUUUAAAUAGGAUAUGCACUAAUUUUUUAGGUUCCAGUGCAAGCUAUGUAACAGUAGCUUCCCAGGUUCUAAUAUUUGAACGACUGAAUAGAGUGCUGCCUUACUUGAAGAAAUACACAACAGGCAUUGGGAAUUGGUGGCAGGUUUGAACCUAUCUAUAAUCUAUAAAAAUCUAUUAACUUAAGAAUAUAAAUUAUUUUUUUUUACAUACAUAAAGAAAAGUAUGAUUGAGUCUUCUAACCCCACCAGAGGUGGCAUAAGGUGCCUGCCUAUAUAGCUUGCAGGCCACUGUUUUGUGUUGUCAGCCAUUAAUUGAUUCCAUUGUAAGCUCCUUGACAAGUCAAGUCUAUUCUGGCUGCUAAUGGUAUCACUUUAUGGUGAUCACCAUGUAUCUUUCUGAGAUUUACCAAUGUGUUGGGAUAAAUUUCUAAUCAACUUCCUCAUCAUUUGAUAUUUGUUUAACCUGUUUUUUUUCCUUUACAUUUAAUUCGACACAUUAUUUUGAUUUCAGUUAAUUAGUUCAAUUCAACAAAAUUAUUUUUAAAAAUUGUAGCUUUAGUUAUGGAAUGUUUCCCCAAAAAUCUUCAAUAAUCUUUAAAAAAUUAUUUUUUCCAGGUGUUUUAUGUCUUUAGUGCCAUUGCAGGAGCUCGUAUUUCAGCCACUACCUCCAAUACAGUUGGAACUGUGGAGGGUCUUGAAGAGUGGUACAGUUUUGGUGGUGGUGUGCUUAUGAUUUAUGGAGCACGGCUGGCUGGAGGAUGCACAAGGUGAGUAGCUGCAAAAGUAUUGGGGUUUACAUCAAAUUUUUCCAAGUGUUUUAUUAUAUAAGCAAAAGCUUUUUCAUUUAUGAUGUGACAGGAUAUUAUUUUUGGAAAAAAUAUUUUCAGAUUUAUAUUGUGAAACUAUUUUAUAAUCUAUUUAAACAAUUUUAGAUCACUGAAAUUAAAAGUUAUUGAAAGUAAAGUUAUUUGUAGAGAGCAAUACAUAUGUAUCAAAUUCAUAAGCAAAAUACAUUUGUCUCUAUGUGUGUCUAAAUACAGCACUCUGGUUCAUUUAUGGCAUGAAUGAUGAAUAGAAAAUAUUAUUAUUAUUAUUACUAAUAUUUCAAUGCAAUUUAUUUUUUUAAUAAUAAAAAUAAUUUGUUAAACUUAAAUAAUAAAAUGCUUAUUUAAUUAUAUUAUAUAUUUAGUUUAACUAUGUCUGUAAAAACUUUGCCUGAUCGAACAAUGGGAUUAUCUGAAAUGAGAGAAAGAAAAUUGUGUUCUAAUUCUCAUAUUAAAAAAGUAUUGUUAUAAAGAAAUUUUAAAUUGUGUAAAUCAUUUUAGAAGCAAUUAAUUAUGAUUUUCUUCUUUUGUCAUAAAUGUAAAGUCAUUUGUGGAAAUUAGUGUAUUUAUUUACCCUAUCAGGUAAUUCAGUUUACAGAGAUGAUGCACUAUUUUAUUACAUAAGUACAUUCUACUGUGAUGUAGAUUUUCUUUUUAUUAUUAUAAUACAAAUAUUUUUUUUCCUCAACAGUGGCCAUGGAUUAUCAGGGAUGGGCCUUUUAGUUCUGUUAUCAUUUGUUGCUGUGCCAUCAAUGUUUGCAGGAGGAAUUUCUCUGGCAUUUUUAAUGAAAUAUAAACUUGGUGUUGCCAUGUAAUCUAAUCUUCACUAUAUAUGCUGCUCUUUAUUGACUACCUGUUAUUUUGUAACUUUAGGCUGAUACUUAAGUUUUGUUAAAUUUAAUUCUUGUUUUAUUUACACAUUGAACACAAGUUUUGACUUGUUCCUUUUACAUAAUAAAAGAACAAAUGUAAAUAAUUGGAUACUCAUUUAACUAAAUUUGUUCCAUUAUUUUUAUGUGCAUGUAUUUAUUAAAUAAAAUGUUUCUUAUUAAAGAACCUGUGUUAAGAGAAUUUAUUAUAUCAAAUUAUUAAGGAAAGUUGAUUAA